UCCUAGGAUACGCGCGCGUGUGUGAGUGCGUGAGGAAUGGUUGGACAAGGAAGAAGAGGCUGGACGAGGAAGGAGAGACGAGGACGGACGCACGUGCGAGUGAGAUGGCAUCGCGUCGCAUUCGGUAUGCACUUUGACGAACAGCACGAUCAUGUAAUUGAGAUAUCUGGCGCUAGUGGUACCGUUGAGCUUCGUGCCACCGCCGUUCUCCUCGUCAUUCUCGCUGGCAGUGUCGCCCUUCGUCUCGAUGAUGGUGUCGAGCCUUUCCAUCAUGCCCCGCUGGGGAUGAUGGUUGCUCGAGCUCUCGCUCUCGGGGGUCUCGUCGGAGUCGAUGUCGAUCGUCCGAUCGUUUACCUGGAUUUUCACCACGGCGUCCACCGGAUAUCUGCUGUUACCCUCGUCGCUAGAAGACGUCGUCGCGCCGGUCGCACUAGAUCCACCGGCGACUCUUGAGGCGAUUGCGGUCUCUCGCUCGCAGCGUGGACAGAUUUGACCGUUGGACGAACCUUCGUCGCUCUGACAGCGGAAGCAGAUCAAGUCGCCGUCGCUGGAGAAGUCGCAGUGUUCGCAAUGCACGACGAUGUAGCCAUUACCUCGGCAGAGCUCGCAGAUCGGACUCUCGUCGCGGUCUGUGAGCAAAUUUACGGGUUAGCCACGACAAUUGCCUGGGGUGGUCUAAGAUUGUCGGCCCUUUGAGAGGCAAUCUCCGAUAGCGGUUGCCGCCUCGGAGAUCGCAUGAAACCUCAGCGAGUGAUUGCGAGUGCAAGCAGCGAAAAUAUAAGUGCGUGAAACAUGCGGUAGACAGUAAAAAAAUUAAGGAAUACAUCGAGUGCGUGCAAAAAAAGAAUAGAAAUAUUAUAUACAGUGUUUUUUAAACAUAUCGAGUGGAAGAAUAGACGUAUUGUUUUGC